GUCCGCGUCUCGACGAAACGGCGCGGUCGCAAUAUCGAGCGACCCGGUGACCUCUCCGGCCGGUGGAAUUGAUUAUUUUCAGGAGAGCGCGAGAGAGGUCCCCCCUUUGAAAUGUACGUAGCGUCGGCUAGGCAUGACGCCGGGCUAAGGUAGUCCGUCAUGGAGAGCCGCUCGGGCAGCAUAAAGGACCCGAUGUAUUAUCCGGAGAACGACGGCACGUCGAGCGGCGGCGGCGGCAGCGAGCAACAAGACAAGAGCCAGCGCAGCUCCCUCAACAGCCAGGAGAUCAGCCUGGAUGACCCCAACGCGCUCAAGGUACCGCGCAAAUUCAUCACCAACUGGCGGCAGGCGUGCGACCGUACCAAGGACCGGACCAAGGACCUUCUGAAGAGAUGGCGAACGACCAGCAGCAACGUCGACGAGAUCGCGAUCGCGCCCGUCGUCGUCCCCGAACAGCUGGAGCAGCCCGGCUGGAGCGUGCACGUCUGGACGACCUGGGUGAGCCGCUUUCCGAGUGACGACAGUUUAUCCGCCUUUGACUUCAGUAAAAGCGGAGGCUCGGAGGCCUUAGCUCUCAUUCAACGUGAUAAAUUCACACACUUUUUUACGCACCUCUUAGACCACGACAGAGACGGUUACAUCAGCAGGAAGGAUUUUACAUUAUUCUCCGAGCGUUUGAGAAGAUUUGCGGACUGGUCGUGGAACGGUCCGGAGUACCUGAGGCUUCUGGAGAUCGAGAAUGGAUUCGCCGGAUUGAUCCUUCAGAAUAAGAAAGGGCCCGUGGAGCCGGAUAAAAAGAUCAAUCUUGAAGAUUGGCUGUCCUGGUGGGCGCAGAUAGUCGCACCGCCGGACGGCGCCAGUUACAACGAUAUGCCAUUCUGGAUCAAAGUCAUGCCCAGAGUGUUUUUCCUCGCCAUAAACAGCUCCGGGAACGGGAUGAUCAGCAAGAAGGAACUCGCGGCCUUCUACGGAUCCGUGGUCGGUCUGGACACCGACAGGAUAAACAAGUGCCUGGACAUCGCCUACAGCUCUAUGACUUCGAAUGGAGACCAUCCUCUCGGCUGGGCGCAGUAUCAGUUAGUGUUCGCCAAUUUUCUGUUCGGCCGCGGCCCGUUCGGCCCGGGAGAACAUUUCCUGGGCAUGACGGACUCCUGCAUGAUUCGCGGUAAUACCAUACCGUUCCCGAUCGAUUAUUCCGCGAUGAACACACCGCGGGACAAAUUAGAGGUGUACAGUCCCCAUUGCAAGAGCAACAGGCGAAGCGUCGUAGUCUAACGGUGAAGUCAUCGUAAGAGAGAGUGAGAGAGAGUUCCUUCUGAUUAGUGAUGCAACGUGCACAGUCAUUCCUCGAGUGCCUAAUACCGUGUAUCAUAUAUGCCGAAUAUGUGUUUGAUAUGAAUUUAGUCAAUCGCGGAAAGAUCUCGAUGUGAAAAAGGAUUGAAGGAAAUUAUAAUGUCCAUUUUGCACAAGUAUUUUACAACGUACCUACAAAAAGAGUUCGAUGAUAAGAAUUAACGGUACCGCAUCGUAAUACACCGUCACACUGCCAUUUACCUUAUGGGAAUAUUAUGUGUAUAUCCCUCACACAUAGCAAACGUGUGUCUAAUUUUAGGUCGAAUAUAUGUAGAACACAAAGAGAACUUAAUUAAUUUAAAAAAUAAAAGAAACACGCAAUCGAUUAACGUCGGAAUUUUCGCCAAGUGUUUAUCUCCACGUGUAG